ACCGUGAACGCGUCGCAUUAAUGUCACAUUAAUACUACACAACCCACAGCCCCCCGCGUUGAGCGAUGUUGUAGGAAAUCCGUUUUGCGGCGGAUUAUUGUAAUCCGACAGAGCGUCUGGACGACACCUCGGAUCACGACAGAGAAGCGGAGCCCAGCAGCGGCCCUGUAACAGAAGCACCGCGGCCAAGAAUAAGGGGGUAAAGUUAUGAUCUGACUGACUGCUCCUGAAGGCAUCAUCGGCUGUGCCCGGGCCGUUUCCUGGACCAGUCGAUCCGUCUGACAGACACUGACAGCGGCUUGACUGGCAGCACUGCACCGUAGAGCAGAGACGGAGAAAGAAAAGCUUUAAUUUGUUAGUUAAAGAGCUCUCCCCCCCCUUUUCCCUUCCCUCCCUGUUAGGUUUAACUCAGCUCGGCUCGGUCGCCCUGUCUGCGGAGAGAAGCUGUCGCGAGCCGCUGCCGUUGCUGCCACUGCUAACUCAGCUAGCGCUUGGCUAGCUCGCUCGCUCGCUCCAGCGCUUCUGGGAAAGGAAUUCAUCAAGUUUUAGGAGCAAUUUAGCACCUUUUUCAAACCUGCAACCCAACAAGGAGGGAGAAUGUCGGCGAAGGAGCAAACCAAGCUCUCCACCACUGAACGACCUAUUAAAGCGGUGCCGUAUCCUCCCGGUACGCGCCUGUCGGUCAAAGACCUGUACGUGGACGGGAGGCCCAGCGUGGACGUGCUGAAGGCCCAUCUGGUGAAGGAGGGUCGGCUGGAGGAGGAGACGGCUCUACGUAUCAUCAACGACGGAGCAGGCAUCCUGCGCCAGGAGAAAUGCAUGCUGGAAGUGGAAGCCCCCAUCACAGUGUGUGGAGACGUCCACGGGCAGUUCUUUGACCUGAUGAAGCUGUUCGAGGUGGGCGGAUCCCCCAGCAGCACCCGCUACCUGUUCCUCGGAGACUACGUGGACCGAGGAUACUUCAGCAUCGAGUGUGUGCUGUACCUGUGGGCUCUGAAGAUCAACCACCCCAACACGCUCUUCCUCCUCAGAGGCAACCACGAGUGCCGGCAUCUCACAGAGUACUUCACCUUCAAACAGGAGUGUAAGAUAAAGUACUCCGAGCGCGUGUAUGACGCCUGUAUGGAUGCGUUUGACUGCCUGCCUCUGGCUGCUCUCCUCAACCAGCAGUUCCUCUGCGUGCACGGAGGUCUGAGCCCCGAGGUCACCUGCCUGGACGACAUACGAAAGCUGGACCGGUUUAAAGAGCCUCCUGCGUUCGGGCCGAUGUGCGACCUGCUGUGGUCGGACCCGGGCGAAGACUACGGCUCGGAGAAGACCCAGGAACACUUCUGCCACAACAGCGUGAGAGGCUGCUCUUAUUUCUACAGUUACCCAGCAGUAUGUGACUUCCUGAUGAACAAUAACCUGUUGUCUGUAAUACGAGCACAUGAAGCUCAGGAUGCAGGGUAUCGAAUGUACAGGAAAAGUCAGACGACGGGCUUCCCUUCUUUAAUCACCAUCUUCUCUGCUCCCAACUACCUGGAUGUGUACAACAACAAAGCGGCGGUGCUGAAAUAUGAGAAUAAUGUGAUGAACAUCCGUCAGUUUAACUGCUCCCCCCACCCGUACUGGCUGCCCAACUUCAUGGAUGUCUUCACCUGGUCACUGCCCUUCGUCGGGGAGAAAGUGACCGAGAUGCUGGUGAACGUGUUGAACAUCUGCUCCGACGACGAGCUGAUGUCAGAAGGGGACGACACGUGUGAGGGUGGAACUCCAGCCGUGAGAAAGGAAGUGAUCAGAAAUAAGAUCCGAGCGAUCGGGAAGAUGGCUCGUGUCUUCUCUGUGCUCAGAGAGGAGAAUGAGAGUGUGUUACAGCUGAAGGGGCUGACCCCGACAGGAACGCUGCCCGUGGGAGUUCUGUCCGGAGGUCGGCCAUCUCUGGAAAGCGCCAUUCAAGGCUUCAACCCGCAGCACAAGAUCCAGAGCUUCGAGGAGGCUCGGGGUCUGGACCGCAUCAACGAGAGGAUGCCCCCCCGCCGGGACAGCAAGCUGCCAGAGGCCUCCGCUGCAGCCCCCUCCUCCCAAAACAACCUGCCGGCCAGCACCGGGCCUCCGGACAAGAACGGCACCAACGCACAGGCCUAAAUCCUCCCUUUAUUCCCCUUUCCCUUUAUCGCUUCCUCCUCUCCUUGCUUCCUUCCCUUCCCCUCUUCUCUCCUUUUUAAGAGCCGGGAGAAGAGGCCGUUCAGUCCGAGCGACUCUCGCCACCGCUUAAUUUAUUUUAUCAUCUAUUAAGAUAUCAUAGUUUUAAGACUGAACAGGACGAAAUCUCAAACCGUACGUGGACUUGCUGCAGGCGGUCACCGCCCAGUCGAAUCCAUCUUCUGUCUGUCGUCGGGUCCUGGUCCUGGUCCUGGUCCUGGUCCUGGUCCUGGUCCUGGUCCUGGUCCUGGUUCUGUCAGCGUUUGAUUUUGGCGAGGGGAGGAAGUGACGCUGUGUUCAUAUAUAUAAAUAUAUAUAUACACACACACACACACACACACACACACACGCUGACAGACACACACAC